AUGGCUCCAAAUCCUAAAACACCAAGUAAAGGUUCAAAAAUGAUUACUAAACCAACAAAAAGCGGUGCUAGUAAAGCUAGUGCUAGUACUGAAAAGAAACCUCGUAAACAUAAACGUAAAGAAACAUAUUCAAUUUAUAUCUAUAAAGUUUUAAAACAAGUUCAUCCCGAUACUGGUAUUUCAAGUAAAGCAAUGUCAAUUAUGAACAGUUUUGUUAAUGAUAUUUUUGAACGUAUUGCCGGUGAAGCUUCACGAUUAGCACAUUAUAAUAAACGUCAAACAAUUUCAUCUCGUGAAAUUCAAACAGCUGUUCGACUUUUAUUACCUGGUGAACUUGCUAAACAUGCUGUAUCAGAAGGUACAAAAGCUGUAACAAAAUAUACCAGUCAAAAAUAG